UGUUUGUUGUGUCAUAGAUCUAACAACCACAGGUGUGUAGUGUGUGAUAGAGGAUUUUUGUCUUAUACAGUUUAUGCCUGCUAAUAAUCUAAUAUUGCUGCUGCCUGAUACGCAAAAUUGCCGGGUGGGGUUCGCAGUUUUUAAAUCUUAUCGUGUAGCAACUCUGAAACUUAAACAUUUAAUUGUGGGAGCCUAAAGACUUAAAUACUUAUAUAGCCCUAUUUUAAAAUGCCUGUUCAAAUUAAUUGGCCUGCCGUCGGGGCCGUCGCGUUGCCCCAUGUUGGAGGGAUAGCGGGUGGAAUUAUUACAAAAAGGGCUAUAAAAUCCUGGUAUGAAAAUUUAAAGCGACCUGAUUGGAGGCCACCAAAUUGGGCUUUUGCACCUGUAUGGACCUCAUUGUACACUGGAAUGGGAUAUGCUUCCUAUUUGGUAUGGAGAGAUGGUGGCGGUUUUGAGGGUGCUGCAAGAUUACCAUUAGUUGUUUAUGGUAGUAAUUUGUUAUUUAAUUGGGCAUGGACACCAAUCUUCUUUGGAGCUAGGGACAUUAAGUUGGCAUUGAUUGAAAUGCAACUUGUAAACGCAACAGCAGUUGCAACAGCCUUUUUAUUUCAUAGAAUAAAUCCCAUUGCAGGCCUGCUUAUUGUGCCAUAUUGCCUAUGGCUAAGUGUAGCUACGACAUUAAACUAUGUCAUUUAUAGAGACAAUAAGGACAACCCAAAGAUCAAAGAGAUAAAGGAGAACUAACCUUUGGAGAAUAUCAUGUGUGACUUAGAGUAAGACUUUGUUUUAGUCACAAAAGAGGGUCAGUUUUUGUUUAUAGAAAAGAAAAAGUAUCUACAUAUAUUAUAUUUUUUAGAAGCACAUGUGCACAUUUUGCCGCUGUUAUACUUGUACACAAGUGGUAAGGUUAAAGUAUGUAUUUUAUAUAAGCACCAAUUGGAAGCUCAGGCAUAUUUUGUAUUUUGUUAUUAAUUUAAAUAUGUAAUAAACCAAUUAAACAAAGUGUUUUAUUAUAGCGAUCAAUUUUUUAUAUAAAAUUAAAA